CCCACCACAACUCGGCAGCCGUCACGUGGUACCCGGAGUGGGAGGGGUGGGGGCAGAAGAGGCGAGACUUUUUUGGGUGCUCCGGAUCGCCAGUAGUUCUUCAAGCCUCAGCAGCCAACUCCUCCGGAGGCGCUGCGCUCCGCCCCAGAGAGCGCGAACCCAAGGAGCCUGGGACCAGCCUCUGGGAGCCCCGGGCGCGGGCGAUGCGGGCGCCGCGGGCGACACCUGCGGCUCCUCUCGGUGGCAGCCGUCGCUUGGGCGGCAGCAGCGCGACAACUUUUUGCGGAUUGUUCUGGCUUCCAGGACUGGCGCUGCAAAUUCAGUGCUACCAGUGUGAAGAAUUCCAGCUGAACAACGAUUGCUCGUCCCCUGAGUUCAUCGUAAAUUGCACAGUGAAUGUUCAAGACAUGUGUCAGAAAGAAGUGAUGGAGCAAAGUGCGGGGAUCAUGUACCGGAAGUCGUGUGCAUCGUCAGCAGCCUGUCUCAUUGCUUCAGCUGGGUACCAGUCCUUCUGUUCCCCUGGGAAACUGAACUCCGUGUGUAUCAGCUGCUGCAACACCCCGCUUUGCAAUGGGCCGAGGCCCAAGAAGAGAGGCAGCUCUGCCUCGGCCAUCAGACCAGGGCUUCUCACCACUCUCCUGUUCUUCAACUUAGCCCUCUGCUUGGCACACUGCUGAAGCUAAAGGAGAUGCCAACCCCUGCUGCCUCACAUGUCCGGCCCUUCGUCUCUCACCUUCCCGAGUCUCUUCUGGGUGUCCUUUUAUUCUGGGUAGACAAGGGAGUCUUUUUGUUCCCUCCUUUCAAGUAAUGCAAAAUUGCCGUGCACAAAUACUUUUGUAAGCUCUGAACCAAUUCACUCUGAAUUUCUGUGUGUAGCUGAAGGAAAAAGCAUGGAGCAGAAAGUCUAGACCCUCCCAUCCCAAUCUGGUUAACCACCGCCAAGGCUAGCAUCCUGGAAGCAUCCCCCUUAGAAGUCAUUGCGAUAUGCAUCUGCCUUUCCCAAAGUCUUGAGCUUCCAUUCUGUCCCAAUAGGAAUCGCAGUCUAUUCGGGGACCGCUGCUGCGUGAAGGUAUCUCUGCUUUUGUGGGAGGGGAGAGCCAAUUUCGGCUCAAGGCUUCUGAAGUUGACAUUCAUACUUCCUGCUCCUGUAAACUAUUUUCUGUGGUGGACCCAGCUGGUUUGGUGUCUGAGCCAGUCUGUGGCGACUCAGGACUCAAGGACUCAAGGGGCUUAGCCUCUCCAGGCUUGGCCUCAGUCUGAAAAGUGCUUAAGAAAACCUUGUUAGUUCUCCUGGAGGAAGAGUUACUGCGCUGGGAGGCUAGGAAGAUGAGGGGGCUGCGGGCUGAGCUGGUGCUGUCCUUGGUGGAGAUGAAGCGGGCACGCUGGCGUUUCUCUUGGUUGGCGUGCUGCAGAGUCAGCCGGCAGCAAAGCACCUGCCAGAACACCUUCCGAAACUGCUGAGAAGACACGUUGUAGAGGAGAGGGUUGACCACGGAGCUGAGGUAGAAGAAGGUGUCGGAGAAGGGCAGGAGGAUCAUGUAUGCCCUGAAGUACUGUCUGGUCCAGUCGUGCUUGGGUUUUGCUGCAGCCAUGAUCCGUCGGAUCUGAUUGGGCAUCCAACACACAGCCAGUGUCACCACAAUCAGUCCUGGGCAGGCAAGAACAGGAGAGAAAAGGAAACGGGGAGAGAGAAACAGCAUGAGAACAAAAAUAAAUAAAUAAAAACCCAUAAAAUAUUCAGCCCCUUGGUUCUGUUGCUUACUGGCCAAGAAAAGGUACCAAUCUCUCAGCUCUGUACUUGCUUGACGGCUUCUUUUUGCCACUGGCAAAGGAGAAUUUAAUGCUGCUUCAAGCUCAGGGGACUUGGCUAUGUUAAAAAGCAUUAAAUACUUUCGACGGUGUAUUUAUACUGUGGAUGCCUGUUAAUUUUCAAAAUGUUUUCAUUGUUGCUCAUGUAUCCAGAAAAUAUCUCACGUUGGCCAUAAACCUGGCUUUGUCUCUUUGUUUCUAGAUGGGCCCAUGAGCUAUAGCCAUAGAGGGAAACGGUGGCUGUUUUAUAAACAAUGACUGAGCUACAUAAGAAGACACAGUGAUAUUUUGAAGUCAAAUGGAAGUUGUUUCAUUUCGCCUGAACAAAUACAUUUUAUGAUGCUGAUUUUGCAUCCAGUUUCAGGAGAAGUAAAAUCAGGGACAGGUAGUGAUGGAGAAGAGGUACCAGUCAGCCCUGCCCCUUGUGCGUGACUAUCCAGACAUUCAUAUGGAUGUCCAUUACAUUCUGGCUUAUAUAAGCACGGCUACUUCUAUAGUCUGACAAACUGACAUCACAGUACAGUGUGUGUGUGUGUGUGUGUGUGUGUGUGUGUGUGUGUGUGUGUGUGUGUAGAAAGUAGAUGAUUUAUAAAUGUAUGUCCCAAAAGGUAUACAACCUCCAUCUAUAUCAGCAUCUCUGCUUCCUUUCAAAC